AUGGAUGGGCAUAGUAAAGUAUAUGAUCAUCUAAGUGUUCUCAAUGAUAUUAUUUAUGGAUUAGAAACUAUUAGAAUAAAGAUUGAUGACGAAGAUAAAGAUUUAAGACUCAUAUGGUAUCUUUCAUCUUCCUAUGAGCAUAUUAAGCCUGUUUUGAUACAUGGGAAUGAAACUUUAAGUAUUGAAGAAGUUUCUAUUAAAAUUAUUUAUGAAGAAAUAAGAUCGAAGGGUGAGGAUAAUACUUCAUCAAACUCAUUGUUGGUUGCUAGAGGAAGACCUUAUGUGAAGAAAAACAAUGAAACAUGUGUGAGAUGUUGGAAAUGUGGAAUGGUUGGGCAUGUAAAAUGCAUGGCUUCAAAUCAAAUUCUAGCAAUGUCUACAUCGCUUAUGAUAUGA